GUUCGUCGCGGGAGAUGAGAGGAAACCGUGCAGUUCGCUCGGGACCGUGUCCCUUGCCGGUCCAACGGGUUCGCCGAAGAAGAAUCUUUGAUAGUGAAUUGCAUCAAGGUCAGUGAUAACGCAGAUCGAAGUCUUUGGUGAUUGUUAGAUACGGGCUGGUGAAUUGAUGCUGCCAGAGCGUUCCCUACCGCAUGCAAGUACGGACGUGUUGGAUGAAGAUCGCGAAGGAUUGUAUGGAACUGGUAAAAUUUUUGAUUGGUUAUGAGGUUAUUGCAAUUCUAUGACCACUGUGUAUUCAGUUCUCGAGGAAACUAUUACUAUUAUUGAAUGCUGUGUACCGAAUGAAACUUAUAUUGAAUGCAUUUUUAUGUAAUUAAACAAUUUUUAUUAUCUUGAAAGUGGAAGAAAGUUCUAGUUGAACGUUUUGUCUGUUCCGAAAGAGUUAAUGUUAUGAUUAAGUAAUUUCAUGGAAACGUUGAGAGGAGAACUAUGAGGUGGAUAACAGCUAUCGCUGGACUAGUUAUUCUAGUCCUGCUGCAGGACGCUCAAGCCUUACCUCGUAAACAAUGGAAACGCAGCAUAGACUUAAAUGACGUCUAUGAUUCGAAGAUCCGUCAACAUGUAAUAUCAGACGUAAUACCAACCCAAUAUGACCUUGAACUACAGCCGUUCAUUGGAAAUGACAAAUUCAGUGGACGAGUCAAGAUCAACGUUACCUGGAACCUCCCCACUAAUCAGAUUACUCUACACGUUCAUCCUAGUCUUGAAAUCAUUGAUACUUCUGUUAAGAUUACUCAAGGGUCGUUUGAAGAAAGGAAAAAAGGAUGGCCCGUGAUGGAUGUGAAUGUGGCUAAGAUAGAACAUUCCGUAAAGAGGGAACCGUUGUAUUACAUCAACCUUGAACAAAUGUUGACGGAAGGCACCUCCUGUGAAGUGGUAAUUAAAUUCACCGGAAAGCUCACUACCAAUGAGACAAGCGGAUUAUUUAAAAAUGAGUACAUCGACUCCAACGGAGACUCGCACCCAUUCGUGGCUACCUACCUCAGACCAAACCACGCGCACAGGGUAUUCCCGUGCUUGGAUUAUAAUCAGUACAAAGCUACGUAUAAGUUAAGUGUAUUGCGCCCGAAAAACAUGACUGCAAGAUCAAAUACUCCGGUGAAGAGCACUACUGAUGCAACUGAUAUGCCGGAUCAAGUCUGGGAUCACUUUGAAGAAACACCGCAAAUGUCAACGUACCAAUUAGCUUUAGUCGUGUCGGAUUUCGAAAGUAUAUCACCUACGAAGGAAAUGAACGAGAUAGAUGAGAAGAAACUGGAAAUCAAGGUUUGGGGUCGGAAAGAGUACUUGAACACUUUGAAGGAUGUACCUGACAAAGUUGUCACGAUUAUGAAUUAUUUACAAGAUUAUUUCAACAUGUCCAUUCUGCUCCCGAAACUGGACUUAAUGGCAAUCCCAUCGUACCAUGCAACUAAAGCUUCUGACAGUUGGGGUUUAAUGCUUUUCAAGGAAAGUGAACUAAGUGGUCCUUCUUAUUGGCUCACAGCCUAUGAGCUUCUGUAUCAAUGGAUUGGUCAGUAUAUUACGCCAUCUUACUGGAGUCAGGCUCCAGUUAACAAAGCUCUUAAUUCAUUCUUGGCUUCUUUGACAACUGUGAAUCUUAAUCCAAUUGAAAUGGACGGGAAAUGGCCAAUGACAAUAUUGUAUUCCCUCUACUAUGAAUUCGGGAAGACUGUGCCUUUCUCGAGGGUCGCAGGAAUUAGAUGUGAAGCUAUGUCGUCGAAAGAGGAACUAACAUUCCGGAUGUUCAAUUGCACCCUGGGCAAGGAUGUAUUCCAAAGAGGCAUUAGAAACUUCGUUCGACAGAUAUCAGAAGAACCACAGAGAGCAUUUUUCGAAAGGCAGAUCUACGACAGUUUAAACGACGUUGCGAAUGAAACCGGCAAUUUACCGAUAGGUCUGACGAUCAGCUCCAUUGCAGGACCGUGGAUCAAUCGAGGUAGAGUGCCAUUGGUCACGGUCAUACGAGAUUAUGAAACUAAAACGAUUACCUUCAGCCAGAAAGUUUAUCUUAGAGAAGCUACACCUGCUUCUACAUCCAAAGCGGUCUAUCAAUGGGACAUCCCGCUCGUGAUGAUAUCGGAGACUAAUAGGGAUAUGUAUAAACCGUGCAACCUGUGGUUGAGGAAUACCAAAGUACCGACAAAUCUCACCAUUCCCGAUACAGUCGGCGGAGACAACUACAUCAUCGUUAAUCCUGAAGAAAUAGGAAUGUUUCCUGUAAAUUACGACUCGCAUAACUGGAAAAUGCUGUCGGCGUAUUUGCAAGGCCCCAAACGGGAAACGAUUCCUGAUUUAACCAGAGCAAAACUUCUCCACGAUUCAUGGAAUCUGGCGUAUGCCGGUGAACUUUAUUUCGGGAUUGCAUUGAAUAUGACGCUCUCGUUAAAGGAGGAGAGGAGCCACGUCGUCUGGGAGCCCGUUUUCAUGAUGAUCGACCAUAUUGGGAGGCGUAUCGAAGGAUCUGAUGUGUAUCCCAAAUUUGAGGCAUAUAUACGAACCCUAUUGAAGCCUCUGUACACAGAACUGAAUGAAUUAGUGGUUAAUAACGAGCCAUCUUGGAAAACCCACAUGCGCAGCCUGGCGAAACAUUUCCUCUGUCGUGCGGGUUACAAGCCGUGCGUUGAAGAAGCCAGAAAUCAGUAUAAAAAGUGGUUGAUGGAUGAAGAUCCAGAUAAAGGAAAUCCAGUCGCUAAUGAAUUCAUUUGUCCCGUGUUCAAAUGGGGAUCUGCAGAGGAAUGGGAAUUCGGACUUCAACGUGUGAUCAACUUCCCACAAAACAGUCCUGAACGGAAACAAAAUGAACGCACGUACCUAUUAAAAACUUUAGCUGGUUGUCCCAAAGACACGAACAAAAUAGAAAGAUUGUUAAACGUAACCAUUUUGGAUCAAAAUGGGAACUUCACGGAUUCCGAUAUCUAUCUAAUCUUCAGCACGCUGACCGGCGGUGCAGCGGGUUACACUACCCUUUUCAAUUUCUUGAGUGACCAUUGGGACACCAUUAGACAGAGAUUUGAGAACAAAAAGCAUCUAUGGGACGGAAUAAUAAAUUCGGCCACCUCUUCGUUCAAUACUCAAGAAGGCUUUGAGAUGGUUUCUGAAUUGUACAUGAAUCGGCAGGGUGAAUUCGAUACUGCUGAUCACAUCAUCGAAGAAGCACUGAAAAUCAUUGAGCAAGAAACAGAAUGGAGCGAGAAGAAUUUGCCAGUAAUCGAUGCUUGGCUGAAUGAGAACUUACCCAAAGAGGAGCUAGAAGCUCUCCAAACUUCCACGGCAACUAUCAUGAUGACUUCAGUUACUGCAGAGGAAAAAAAGGACGAGGAACUAUGAUCAGUGAAAUUAGUUUGUAAAUUGUCCUCUGUUUUUAUUAACAUAGCAGGUUAUACUCCAUCUUUAAUUUAAUCGUUAUUAAAUGCGUCGAAGUGGAAGCAAGUUCAACACUUUUGUAUUGUCCAGUCGAAGAUAAUUUGUUUAAUACAGUAGAGAAGUGACUAUUUGAGAUACGAAAUUUUGGAAUUUAUAAUUUCUUUAUUUCCGACGUGUCUUUUUUUUAUUUAACAUUUUCUGUACUUUUUGGAGUGAAAUUGACGCGGAAUAUUUCAAGUUGAAUAAUUAAAAUUAUAAAUUUAUUAUUUUUCAGUAUACUUUUACAGAUAUGUGUCAUGUAUAUUUAAUUUUUUAAGAUGGUUUCUGUGGAAAUUUUGUUAAAAAUUUAUAAUUUAAUUUUAUAAGCAAUUUAUUUAAUGUUCUAUUAGAGUGAUCAGUAGAGGUUGAUAUUAGCAUCAACCUGCAUUUGUUCCUUGCUUCAAUUCGAUGCAAUAAAUGUGAAAAUGUUAUGUGACUUAUAGGUUAUACUGUGAGACAAAUGUUAUUGGUAAAAUGGAGGACGAUAAGAGUUUAGAAAAGUGGAGAAUGUAAAUUCGAAUUAUAGGAAAUACUGUUCGAAUAAAUUAAUCGUUCGUAACAAUCUGAUUUUAUUCUAGAAAAUUCGAAACUGCUACGAAAUGUUUAUAUAAUAUUUAAGCUUAGAUGAAAAUUGUAUAAAUUGCGCGCAAUAAAAGUCUGAUAUACUUUUCUAAUGAUAAAAAUAUUCUGAUAUUACUAUUAGUUAUAGUUUAAUUAUUAUUCGGUGAUUU